AUGUUUGUACUAACAAAACUUCUCAUCUUUGUGAAUAUAUUUAUCUGGAUUGGAUUUAUAUCAGCAUCGGAUAAGCGACAAGCCGAUGAUGAUAUGUGUAAGGCAAAAUUCAAUAUUUUAUGUGUAAAAGAUGUUAUUACUAAAAUUGGAGAUGUUACUCCAAAUGUUAAUCGCACACUAAAUUUAAUUGAAGAAAUUAUUUUCGAAAAUAAUCCAAAUACGAAAACAAUCGAUUCGUUUAUUAAUUAUGAAAUGGCAACAAUUGAAUCUCAUUUACCAAAAUCAAAAUAUCAUCUAAAAUUUUUUUUAGAUAGUAAUAUUGAUAAAAAUGAUCUGAAUCAUAUAUUAUCAGAAGCACAUUAUGCAAUAAGUUAUUAUUAUAAUUCUGUUAAUGAUAUAUUAAGUAUGAAUGAUAUAUUUGCAUUUACAGUUGAUUUAUUACUUCGACAAAUUCAAGAUAAUUUACGAUAUGAAAUUAUAUGUCGAUAUCGAAGUAUAUUAAAUGUUUAUUCAUAUAAAUGGCCAUUAAUUAAUGAAGUACAACAAAUACAAUUUUCGGAAACAAAAUAUCGAAGUUCACCAUCACUUACACAUAAUGUUCGGUCGAUUGUCAUUGUUCGAUUAUUAAGAGAAUGGAUGAAUAGAUUACAUCUAGUUAUGACUAAUUUUGAAUAUAAAUAUCAUUAA